UUGAAUGCAUAUAACUAAAUAAGUCAAGAGGCAUCUUUAUUGAUCAUUAAAUUUAAUCAAAAGAUUUAUUAAAUGAUUUAUUUAACUUUUUACAAAUAAGACAUUGUUUCCGUUUAUACAAAUUUCUUCCACAAAUACGUUACACUUCAUUAAUUGUCUGCUUAUAACAUCGCCAAAAAAAAAAAAAAAAGUUCAUGCAAUAUCCUCCACUUAAAACAUAAACCACUACUUUUUUGAGGCCUAAUUCGUCGUAGUUUUAGGUAGUAUCAAUUUUGAGAUAUCAGCUUGUGACCAUUAUUAAAUUUGUUAUUAUUUGUGGAUAUUUUAUAAGUUAAACUCAAGUCUAUAUGUGAAUGCAUAGACGUCUAUGUAAAAUAAAAACUCAAAAUCAUUAGAGACAAGGGACGCGAGAACCAAUCCGAGGUUGAACCCAGCUGCUUUUCUAGAAAAGAAGCUGCCUCCUCCAGCAAGAUAGGGCGACGCCAAAAAGCCGCAUAGCGCACGUGUAGUAGUCAAAGGAUUCACCCCAAUUAGAAAGACUGGAAGUGACUAGUGCCUAAUCAUAAAUAAGAAGAAGGGGCCGGGUUCACUGGAUAAAGUAUAUACUAAAACAGGGCAAGUCUUCAAUAGAUCAGAGAGAUGUUUGACAUCGAGGGGUGUUCGAGAGUUCAUCUUAUGAUUUCACUCUCUUCUUUUCAACAGCUAAUGCAAGAGCAGCUGGCGUCCACUUUCGCGGCAAGUGAUCUUUGAGUCAAAAUUUUUGUUCACCUUUUUCGACUAUCGUAUACCGCUCUGUGAAUGGUUUUGCUGUGAUGCAGAGACAAUUGAUUACAUGGGUUCAAUGAAUCGUGGUCUCUUUCGCCGAUUUCGCUCUCUAUCUACACUCUCUGUACAAUUUCAAGAGACCCAACGAACCAAUCUUAUCCAAUGCAACAAGAGGAUUCAAGAGUUCGCCAAAAUUGGCCGCAUUGACGACGCCCGACAACUGUUCGAUGAAAUGAUUCAAAGAGACUCCGUCACUUGGAACUCUAUGAUUACUGGGUAUUCUCAAAAUGGUCGAGUGGGCGAUGCUCGAGUGCUAUUUGACGCUUUUGCAGGAAAAAAUGUGAGGACUUGGACUACAAUGUUAACCGGGUAUGCGAAACACGGACGAAUUGUGGAGGCUCGUGAUGUGUUUGAGUCAAUGCCGGAACGAAAUAUUGUUUCUUGGAACGCUAUGAUCAGUGGGUAUGUUCAAAAUGGUGACUUGCGGACUGCCCGGCAGUUGUUUGAUGAGAUGCUGGAGAGAAAUGUUUCAUCUUGGAAUUCGAUGAUUACCGGGUAUUGUCAUUGUUGUAGGAUAGGUGAAGCUCGGGAGCUUUUUGAUCAGAUGGUAGAGAGAAAUUCUGUGUCUUGGAUGGCUAUGAUAUCUGGGUAUGUUCAGGUUAACUAUUAUCGAGACGCAUGGGAAUUGUUUGUGAAAAUGCAUAGAAGUAAGGUGAGACCAGACCAGUCGAUCUUUGUUGUUACCUUAUCGGCCAUUAUGGGUUUGGAUGAUUUGAAACUGAUUGAUAGUUUAAGAACAAUUGCGAUUAAGACGAACUACGAAGGUGAUGUGGUUGUGGGCGCGGCAAUAUUGAAUGCUUAUACCAGAAAUGGGUGUUUGGAUUUUGCAAGGCAGUAUUUCGAUGCAAUGCCAGAACGGAACGAGUACUCUUGGACCACUAUGAUUUCGGCCUUUUCACAAUGUGGGAAAUUGGAUGAUGCAAUUGCAGUGUAUAAGUGUGUUCCUGAACAGAGUGUCAGUACACGGACAGCAAUGAUGAGUGCCUAUGCUCAGAAUGGAAGCAUUAGAGAAGCUAGGCAUGUAUUCAAUGAGAUUCCGAACCCAAAUGUUAUUACGUGGAAUGCCAUGGUUGCUGGAUAUGCUCAAAAUGGAAUGGUUGAGGAAGCAAAAGAUUUAUUUUUGCAAAUGCCUGUAAGGAAUUCUGCUUCUUGGGCUGCCAUGAUUGCAGGGUUUGUGCAAAAUGGACGAAGCAAAGAAGCUUUGGAACUGUUAGCAGAGCUUCAUAGAUCAGGAUGUGUUCCUAGUCAUUCUAGCUUCACAAGUGCUCUCUUUGCAAGUGCUAGCAUUGGAGCUAUUGAGAUUGGUAGACAAAUACACUCUCUCUCUAUUAAAGCAGGGUGCCAAUUUAAUUCAUAUGUUGGAAACGCAUUGAUAUCCAUGUAUGCUAAAUGCAAGAACAUAGAAGAUGUUUCUCAGGUGUUUGGUACGAUAGGAGUGAGAGAUUCAGUAUCUUGGAACUCGUUCAUCACUGGGUUUUCCGAGAAUCACAUGUUAGAUGAGGCCCGCAGCACCUUUGAAAGUAUGCCUAAACGUGAUCCUGUGUCGUGGACUGCCAUUAUAUCAGCUUAUGUCCAUGCAGGACAGAGAGAAGCCGCCUUGCAAUUGUUCCUUGACAUGUUAUCCUGUGGAAUGAGACCAAAUGAAUUAACAUUUACUAUUAUUCUGAGUGCUUGUGCAAGUCUAGGUGCAAACAAGCUUGGGGAACAGAUACAUGCUUCUGUUUAUAAAUUUGGAUUUGACUUGUGUGUCUCUGUUGGUAAUGCGCUGGUAACAAUGUACUUCAAAUUUGGGUAUGAAGAUGGCUUUUCAAUUUUUGAGGAGAUGGCUGAACGGGAUAAAGUCACAUGGAAUGCAGUUUUAGCUGGUUGUGCACAAAAUGGGUUAGGUGAUGAAGCUGUCAAGAUUUUUGAAAAAAUGAAGGCUGAGGGUCUAGUUCCUGAUCAUAUUAGUUUUCUUGGGCUUCUAUGUGCUUGUAGCCAUUCAGGAUUGGUGCAUGAAGGAUGGGGCUAUUUCAAUUCCAUGACCCACGAUUAUGGGAUUAUGCCGUUAAUUCAGCACUAUACUUGUAUGGUUGAUCUUCUCGGGCGGGCUGGGCGCCUUUCCGAAGCAGUCUCUCUUAUCGAGAACAUGCCUGUAGAGCCAGAUUUUGUGAUCUGGGAAGCUCUUCUUGCUGCUUGUAGAAUCCAUCAUAAUAUGAAACUUGGGCAGAGAGUUGCAGAAAGGCUUUUUCAAAUGGGUUCGCAGAAAUCUGGGCCUUAUGUUUUAUUAUCAAAUAUAUAUGCUUCUCGAGGCAUGUGGGACAAAGUAGGUGAAAUACGGAAACUGAUGUUAGAUCGACAAGUGACUAAAGAACCAGGAAUUAGCUGGAUACAGAUCAAGAGUAAACUGCACUAUUUUCUCACGGAGGAUAAGAAUCAUGAUCAGGUUGAGGAGAUUUAUUCAGAAUUAAAGAAGUUCUAUGGAUGGUUUAAAGAAAGAGGUUAUAUGCCAGACACAAACUUUGUUUUCUUUGAUGUGGAGGAAGAGCAAAAGGAGAAUGAGAUACUCUACCACAGUGAGAAGCUUGCUGUUGUUUUUGGGACCCUGAGCACACCAAAUGGAUCACCAAUCCGGAUUAUGAAGAACCUUCGGAUUUGUGGUGACUGUCACACAUUCAUGAAAUUCAUGUCCAAGGUUACACAGCGUAAGAUUAUUAUUCGUGAUGGGCAUAGAUUCCACCAUUUUCGAGAUGGUUCAUGUUCUUGUAGAGACUACUGGUGAAAUACCUAUUGGUUAGCUUGAAGAGAUGAGCGGGAACCUUCCAUUUUAACUGAAUGGAUCAGGAAACUAUGUUUCCAAAUUAAAAAGGCAAGAGCAUGUUUCCAAGGCCAACUUGGGCUGCCCUUUUGAAUUGGAUAUUGAUGGUCAUGCUUUCAGUGUUCUUGAUUGAUGAGACCAGCAACAGUUGCAGACCUUACGCAGCAUGCCUCUAACUCUGAUAGUGACAGGAAAAGAUAAAAUGUAGCAGAUCUAGACAUUUGGAGGAAAGUUUUUCUUAUUCCAAAAUUGAAUAUUCUAUAUAUCAGGUAAUGGUCAGAAGAGGCCGCAAUUCUUGAAUGCCACAAGGCAAGAAUGGCAUUUCAAAUAUAAGGCCUGCCACUGAGUUUUGGUAAUCACCUUGCUUCUUAGCUUUUUCAUCUCUGAUUUCUUUGGAAACAAGUUCCUUUGCAAACCUACUGGAUGAAAAGGCAGAUGGCAACAAACUACUGUGUGCAAGCAAAUAUACUACACCCAUGAGACAAUCCUGAAAAAAAUUUCUUGAUUUGGAGGAGUAGUAGAGAUGAGAACCUGAUCGUUCUGCAUUAAACUUCUGCAAGUAUGAAGGAUGUUGUAAUAGGUAAUCUGCCACCUCAAUCAGCUUUUGGUGGCUGUGAUGAGGCAUUAUAUAGUCAUUAAGGUGUUCCUUUUAGCUGGAGGCAUGUCUUAAAGAGGGGACAUAAGCAGCAUUUUGGGGGGAAAAAGAACUAACAUGUUCGCAUCCAGAAAUAAAUUUCUCGUGCAAUUUUAACGAGGGCAAUCCUUGUAGAGUUCAGGUUGAGAUGUUAUUCAGGUACCAAUUCCAAAUACGAGAUUAGGACUACUGUCAACAAGUGGGAAUUAGGGUAAUCGUUGUAUUCAGCAAGUUCUCCAAGAAAGUUAAAGGCAAAGCUAACAGGUAAUAAUUAAUCUCCAAUUAAAUUUUCACUAUAUCUCCUUGAAAGAUUUACAUUUUAAAUAUUUAACUAUUUUUUCAGCUUUGUUGAUUUAAUUUUGUUACUUGUGAAGUUUGAGUUUGGUUGGGUGCUAUGCAUUACUUUUUUUAACCAUCUUUUUCUUGGUGACAUAUGUUCUAUUCCUAUUUAUUUAUUUAUUAUUAUUUGCCUUAAUAUUGGUAAGAUUAUAAUUUUUUAGAUGGAAUACUAUGUUGCGUGCGUAUAUCUGAAAAUUACAGUAGCUAUGUAUUUUUUUUUUUUUUUUUUGGUUAAUCAAUGUGACUAUUCUAUGUCAAUACAUCAGGGAGAAUAGUUUCAACUAGAUACACGCACGGGCACUUUUGAAUCAUUUUUGCAAUGAAGGGCUGAACAUACAUGUACAUGCUCUAUUCAGUUAGAUUUGAUAUAAUAAGUUUAAACAUUAGAAAGAAUAUGACUAUUUUUUUUUCUACUCCGGUCAAUAUCUCUAGAAUUUUACUUUAUUUUUCAAUUCAUAAUAUGCAUAUAUUGCUUUCAGUUUCUUAAACUUCCUUUAUUUUAGCCACUAGCACUUGAUGUUUUCAGUAUCUUGAAGGUUCCUAAUUUUUUGUUUCAUUUUGUUUCCUUUUGUAAUUCCUUCAAUUGUUAGAAUGUCCUUAUCCAAAUUUAAGUUUAAUGAUUCCUUUGAUAUUAUAUAUAUUUAUAUGCAGUAGCUUUUUAUAUUGGUCUGUUUUGGCUAAGAAAAUGUGUUGUGUGUAUCUUCGGUUUUGUUUUAUAAAUGUUGCACAUUCAAAUUUCAAUACACUCUAUAUCUCUCUCUCUCCCAAUAUAUGUGUGUUUGGUUAUAUAUAUAUAAAACAAGUAACUUGAAAUUUUAGGAUCAAACUGAAAAACAAGUCAAAAUUAAGAUGAUGGAUAAAGAAUGGGUGCACAUUACCGGCAGGUUUUUUUUUUCCCCCUUUUAAUUUAGGCAUUGAUAAAUAAAUAUUAAAUGUAUUGGGUACCUACUUUUUUGUAUGUAUGAAACUUUGUGCUUUCAUUUGUAGAGUUUCAAUUGAAUAUAGAAAUAGAGCAAGAAACUUUGCAAAUAUGGCUCAAGCUAAUGCGGGUAAUCCAGAAAAGAUCAUAUGCCCAUGCAGACUUUGUGGAAACCUACGUCGUCAACAUUUUGAUAUAGUAUUUGCGCAUUUGGUGAUUGAGGGAAUGGAUCCUACAUACACUACAUGGGUUUUUCAUGGGGAAAAUCCUGCUACAUUUAUACAUAGUGAAGGUGAUGAAAAUGAUAUGGAUCCACCAGAGGCAUAUGAAAUGUAUAGAGAUGCGUAUUUUGAUAGUGAUAAUGAUGAUGUUGCGGAUCCUAUGUAUGAAAGAAGAGAGGUAGAGUUCAAAAAGUCAUUGAUGGAAGCUGAAACUCCUUUGUUUCCUGGUUGCACAAAACACUUGAUUUCUGCCAUUAUUAUAUUAUACAAGCACAAAGCCGCUCAUAAUCUAUUGUACACCGGUUUUGAUGAGCUUCUUAAAAUUGUUCGGGACUUUCUCCCUGAUAAUAGUACGCUUCCCAAUGGCACCUAUGAAACAAAAAAGCUAUUGAAAACUUUCAAUUUGGGGUACGAAAAGAUAGAUGCAUGUAUUAAUGACUGUGGUUUAUUCAGAAAAGAUUUUGAAAACUUGGAUAGGUGUCCAAAAUGUGGUGCUUCGCGUUGGAAAGUUAGUGAUCGCAGUAAAAAAAUUCGAAUUGGUAUUCCAGCCAAGGUUUUACGAUACUUUCCAAUAAUACCUAGACUAAGGAGAAUGUUUAGGUUAACUGAAAAGGCUAAACAAUUACUGUGGCAUUCUACUCACAAAAGCAGGGAUGGCAAGAUGCGGCACCCAGUAGAUUCCCUUGCAUGGGAUAAAAUAAAUAAAAAUUGGCCCGAUUUUGCGUCAGAACCUCGCAAUUUAAGACUUGGGCUUUCUACAGAUGGCUUUAAUCCAUUUGGUGAUCUGAGCAGUAGGUAUAGUUGUUGGCCAGUGGACUUGGUCAUAUAACCUUCCCCCUUUGCUAUGUACGACAAAAGAAAAUAUGAUGUUGACAUUAUUAAUUCCAGGGCCAAAGCAACCAGGGAAUGACAUAGAUGUUUUCUUAGAGCCACUUAUAGAAAACUUGAAAGAGUUAUGGGAAAAAGGAGUGGAGAUAUAUGUUGCAUCUAAUAAGUCCAAUUUCAUUUUAAAGGCAAUUUUAAUGUGGACAAUUCAUGAUUUUCCAGCUUAUGGAAAUAUAUCUGGUCAUACAGUUAAGGGUAAAGUAGGUUGCCAGGUUUGUAGUGUUGACACGACUUCAUUGCGUUUAAAGCAUUGUAAAAAGCAUGUAUACCCUGGCCAUCGUCGAUUUCUUGCACAUGGUCACCCAUUUCGAAAGAAAAAAGCUUGGUUUAAUGGAAAAGAAGACUGGAGUAGGAAACCUAAAAUUUUAUCCGGUUUGAAAAGUUUACAUGCAGUUAAAAAUUAUGAAAACAGUUGGGGAAAGGAUGAGAAGAAUAAAAAGGCGACUGAUACAACUUCUAUUAAACCAUGGAAGAAGAAGUCGAUAUUUUUUUAGUUACCAUAUUGGGAGGUCAGUAAUUGUUAAUAAACUAAUUUCAUAUGUAUAGAUAUAUAUUCAUUCUUUACUUAUAAAGUUAUUACACAUAAAUUUUAUUAUUCAUAUAAUUGUUAUUUUAGGUAUUACCUGUGCGUCAUAAUCUUGACGUAAUGCACAUUGAGAAAAAUGUUUGUGAGAGCAUUAUUGGCACUUUGUUGAACAUAAAGGGAAAAUCAAAGGAUGGACUUAACUCUCGCAUGGAUUUGGAAAAAAUGGGCAUUAGAGAUGAGUUGCAUCCAAAGAAGAUUGGAGAAAAAUAUUACUUACCGGCAGCACCACAUACAUUAUCGAAUGUAGAAAAGUAACGUUUUUGUAAGAGGUUGCAUGACUUAAAAUUACCUGAUGGUUACAGCUCUAACAUUGGGAAGUGUGUAUCAUUAGCUGAAUGGAAGAUUAUAGGCCUGAAGUCCCACGAUUGCCACAUUUUAAUGCAACAAUUGCUACCAGUAGCACUACGGGGUCUUUUACCAAAGGGGCCAAGGAAUGCAGUAUUUCGACUAUGCGCAUACUUUAAUGAAAUUUGUCAAAAGGUUAUUGAUAAAAACACUUUAGAAAGAUGUGAAAAUGAUAUUGCAGAGACUUUAUGUUUGCUUGAAAGGUUCUUUCCUCCAUCUUUCUUUGACAUUAUGGUUCACUUGACUAUUCAUCUCACGCGGGAAGCUCGCAUAUGUGGACCAGUACAAUAUCGUUGGAUGUAUUCAUUCGAGAGGUAGUCACUAAUCAGAUUUUUAUUUCUAGUUAAUUGAUUAGAUAUAUAUAUUUGCUAUGAAACAUUUAAUGUAUUUAUCUAUAUUCCAUUUCUCUUUAUAAAAUAGGAAUCGUUAAUGAUUUUAUUCUUCUAUUUUAGAAAUAUGAAGGUUUUGAAAGGAUACGUUAAGUAUCGAUCAAAACCUGAAGGAUGUAUAGCAGAACGUUAUAUGGCAGAAGAAUGUGUUCAGUUUUGCAGUGAGUACAUGCAAAAAGCAGCUGAAAUAGGCGUUCAUCAUUCUUGUAAUGAGGACCUUGAAAGUGAAACAACAAUAGAAGGGCGUCCAAUUUCAAAAGGAAAUCUAAAAACCAUGCAUACUGGCAUGUUAGAAAUCGCUCAUCGAUAUAUAUUAUUCAAUGACAGUGAAGUGGAACCAUAUAUAGAAAAGCAUUUGGAGGAGCUUAUGGCUUCAGAUAGGCGUUUUUCAAGGAAUGGAAACUUGUUGCAGAGAAGACAUAUGGAAACUUUUAUUGUAUGGUUUGCAAACGAAAUCAAUGGAAGUAGUAGCAGGUCAGAAAGACUAAAGUUUCUUGCAAAAGGUCCAAGAAAAGAUUUCCUGUCUUAUUCUGGUUAUGUUAUAAAUGGACAGUGGUUUCGCACCAUAGAUGUUGUAAGAACUACACAAAAUAGUGGUGUAGCCGUUGAAGCUGAAACCAUGUGCCGAUCUAGUGCAAAAGACACAAGUCAAGUUGUUGGAAAAAUAUCGUACUAUGGGGUUCUAAGAGAUAUAGUUUUGUUAGACUUCUACACAUUUAAAGUACCAUUGUUUUAUUGUGAUUGGGCAAACAUUAGGAAUGGUGUCAAAGUCGAAGAUGGACAUACAUUGGUUAAGCUCCCUGAGGGACAAAGCCAAUUUGAAAAAGAUCCUUUUAUUCUUGCAUCACAGGCUAAACAAGUGUUUUAUUCAAGGGAUACUGAAACAUCAAUUUGGUAUGUUGUACUUAAAGCACCACCAAGAGGUUUUCUUGAGUUCGAAAAUUUGGAAGAGGAUGCUUAUGUGUCGUAUGAACCAUCGGAUGUAUCAAGACUUGAUUCAGUUGUGAACGAUGAGGAUGAACAUUAUGAAUGGUUGGAUUGUGAGGGCAUGGUAGUGUGAUGGAAUGAUACCUGUCUGCUGUAAUAAUUUGGGUUACAUCAUUUUUAGUCUAGUCUGUUCAUGUAUAUAUAAUAUUUCUUCAAUUUUAUAAGUUUUUGUAAGUUCAAAUCACUAUGCCCUGUUCACUAAACUUCUUUAAUCUGGUUGGUAUUCAUUCUCCUCUUCUUUAAUAUUUUAUUGUUUUCUUCUUUUUCUCCUUUUUCUAUGUGAAUAUGUGAUCAUCCUUUGAAAUAUUUGUUUGGGUUGUUCAAUAUUUCCCUUUUAUUUCUUCUUCUUCUACAUCUUCUUCUUUUACCUUUUUUCCUUUCUUUUCUUUCUUUUGGGUUAUUUGAUUGUUUUUCAGAUAGUUUUAUCUGAUCAGAUCUACAUUUUGGUUUUUCUUUUACCCAUUGUGGCCUUGCAUUUGAAGAUUAAUGGGUCCUACUGAAUCAUCUAAACAAGGUGAUAAAAGAGGAAAGAAACAGCAACAAGCUAUAAUAGCUUCUAUGAUGCGCCAAGGGAAGGAAAGGCUAAACAUAUAAGAAGGGGGGUCCAAUUCGCCACCCACACGACCUAUUGAGGGAGUUGGUAGUGCUUCACUCGUAGAUAGAGGUAGCCCUUCACCUAAUGAAAACACAAUGAAUCCUCGUAAGCGAAAGGGGAGAGUCAAGGCAAAGUUGGAAAAUUUUACCAAUGAUAAACUUCUAGUUACAUUUAACGACAUUGGACAACCACUUGGGAAUAAUGGAACUAGGCUUAGUUCUUAUCUUGGAGCUCUAGUGAGGGAGAUGGUUCCAGCUACAUUACCAGGUUGGAAAAAGCUAUCAGAUAAUGACAUUCAGAUGUUAUGGGCUGCUAUAAAGCAAAAAUUUGUUAUAGAAGAUUCUCGUAUGAAAGAUACAUUUCAGUCAAUGGGAAAUAUGCGGCGUGUUUAUAGAACAAAAGUAAUAAACGAUGUAAGAGAUGUGGCUCGAAAUGGUAACUCUGCACGUGCCAUCCCCCUCUUAAAGCCUGACAAUGUUAAGUCAAUGGAAGAGAGGGAUCAAUUUGUUACAAAACAAUGUUCUCUACAAUCUAUUGUAACUUCGCAUUAGAAUAACUUUUGAAAUUUAUAUUUUAUGCUAGAUUAAACUUCUUGUUUUACAGGAAAGAAGCAAAGAAUUCAAAGACAUGAGAGCUAAGCAAACGAUGCCACACACAACAAGCCGCAAGGGAUUUGCUCGCAUGAAAGAUGAAAUGUCACAGCGUGGUAUUGCAACGGCUCCAACUAAUGCCACCUCUAGUGUUCCGCAUACGGAAAAUAUUGAUAGACCAGAAUGUGAAUUGCUACAUUGGUGUGGGACUGGAGAAGUAGUUGCUGACGGAGAAAUUGCAUCAAAGGAUCCUGGUGAAACCGUAGAUAAUAUACCCCUUGGACCAGAUUGUUGGAAGGUUUGGGUCAACCAUAUGCGUAUUCAUGAGGUACCCCUAUACAGGCCAACGCACAACUACUUUGACCUUGAAGAUGCUUAUGGAAAAGCGAUUGCAUGGCCUAUUAAAUUUAUAAAGACAAAUUAGUCGCUUUUGAGGUAAAAACAGCAAUGGCUUGUAUAAUUAAGGGUGCAUGAAAGCAGUGUAACCGGAAAUGGAGCAUUAACACACAUACCAUUUCCGUAAAUUUGUGCAACUGUUUAUCUGUCAAUCCCAGUUCUGCACAUGCUUCGGUGCACUGUUUCUGGACCAUUCAAUGCUUGGAUCGAUAUGAAUUUGCUUUCCAUUGCUCGUAAAUUGGUAUAUUUUCGAUUUAAAGGUGUUGCAUUUACGGAGAAGCUCUCUAAAGGAUAAACCAUUCAAGUUUUCAUUUUCAACACUCGAUGAUGUUAUCAACCAAUCCUUUUACGACUUUAUAACAUUUUUCUUGUAAAUUCUUAGUCCCCCGAGUUUACAGACCAAGUGGACAAGAUGACAAUGACGAAGUUAACGUGAAAGAAAUGUCUGGGAACGUAUGGAAACAUUUCAUUGUCAUUUGAUGAGCUCUUGAUUGAUUAUGUUGAUUUUUACAACACAAAAUGUUUAUAUGAUCAAUUACAGGAUGUUGU